AGACGAAACUCUUACAGAUUACAGCUCUCUCAGCAGAUUAAAAAUGAAAAUUGUACUGUUCUGUCUGUUUGGGUUAUGUACAGGAGGACCUACACUGUACAGGCUCAGUACAGGGGAGGAGGAGACAGCAGAGGAGAUUAGAAUACCUGUAUCCAGUACAGUAAUUCCUCUGGAUGAUCUGCCUGAGUUUAAUGUUGGGUUUGGGUUUGGUUUGGUUGAUAGUUCUCCAGUCAAGAAACCUUCAUAUCUUAAGGAUAUAAAACUGAUCACUUCUAAGAAUAAACAUCGAUUCCUUGCUCCCGCAGGAGUUCAGAAACUAAGCAGAGACGAGUUCGAACAGUUUGCUAGUAACACUCUCUAGACUCUAGAGUUCAGAGCCCUCUUCAGUUCAGAAAACGUACUGUACUCUAAAUUCAGAUUUAUAAAAAACUUUUCAUUUUCUGUAACAGAUUGCUUGAGAAGUGCUAUUGCUUACAUUUAUGACAUACUAAGAUACUCUUUAGAGAAAUAAAGGGGAAAAUGGCAUUUAACAUUACCGUCUGUGUUACUUCUUAAAGAACCUCUUUAAAAGUAUAUACCAUUUAUUCAACCUAAUUUUUAGAAAUAUGAAUUUAUCUUUCAGGUUAAUCUUUGCUCGAUAAAAUUGAAGAAAAAAAAAUAAACUUUUGACUAGAUGAUUUAAAAAAAUUGUUGAAAUCUGAUUAAUUUGAAGACCGUAGUUUAACUUUACCUAUCAUAAAUAAUAGGUUUAGUAAUAGACUUUGUAAAUAUGAAACUUAAAGUGUCAUUUAACAUUAUCGUAACUAAUCAUUUGUAACAGUUUUAGUCAUUUUAUAGAUUUAGUACAAGUAACAAUAAAACCAUAUUAACUUUA